AUGGAUCCUGGUUACUUUAACAUAGAGAGGGAACGGAACCCAAGAGAGACUGCCAACAUUAUUUCAAGAUUGAGUUAUUGGUACACGCUACCAACAUUCAAGAAAGGUAGAAGCGGGCAAUUAAGCAUAUCUGAUAUUUACAGAUGUAUCCCAAGCUUCAGGUCGUCUCUACGAGGAGAUGUUAUGAGUGAAGUUUGGACGAAAGAACGAUUAAGGCAAGAUAAAACACCUUCUCUAUUACGAUGCAUUUUCAAGGUUUACGGAGCAGAGUUUUUCUUAACGAAUUUUGUUUGGGCAGCAUUAAAUAUUUCGUUAAAAAUGUCAACGCCGUUAUGCCUUGAAGGUCUCAUCAAUUAUUUUUCUUCAUCACAUUCCGGUGUAACUACUUCUCACGCAUAUUGGUACGCUUUAGGUGUCGUCGGCUCAAUGACGUUAAUCGCAAUAGUAUCUCAUCCGAUGCUGUUAUUCCUCAUGGAGAUAGCUUUGAAAGUCAGACUUACUUGCUGUUCCUUGAUUAAUAGGAAGUUACUUCGCUUAGAUUUGACAGCCGGUGGGAAAGCCUCGGAAGGUCUCACAGGCCAUUUGGUCACCCUCCUGACCACGGACGGUCAACGGUUCGACAUGGGCAGUCUUACACUUAGUGACUUAGUCAGGGCGCCCGUAGAAAGCGUCAUUAUAAUAUCCUUUAUGUACAGACAAAUUGGAGUGUCGGCGUUGAUAGGGACUGCGUUUCUACUAUUGCUUAUUCCUUUGCAAAGUUACUUAGGUAAAGUAUCUGGUCGUCUAAGUUAUAAGACAUCAGCGAGAACAGAUAACAGAAUCCGUCUGAUGAACGAGGUGAUCCAAAGCAUAGAAGCCAUCAAGAUGUACGCUUGGGAGAACGCCUUCGCCGGGAUUAUUGGGAGAGCUAGGAAAAAGGAAAUGAAGGUGAUCAAAAGGAUAUCAUGGCUGCGCGCGAUAAUGAUGUCAUGCGCAAAGCUCAACACAAAAGUUGCCAUAUUCAUAAGUCUAAUGUCGUACAUUUCGUUCAAUAACGAUUUGACUGCUGCAAAAGUGUUCGUUAUAUUUUCGUAUUACGAGAUGUUAAAGUUAACUUUGGUAGAUUUUCUACCGAAAGCCGUGGCUUAUGUGCUAGAGGCUCAUGUGAGUGUAAAACGAAUGGAGGCAUUCUUACUUUUGCCGGAAGUCGAAAAUGAAGAUGGCGUCGAUUUGAUUCACAUAGACAAAUUGGAAGAAAAAGACGAAGAUAUAUUUAAGGAUGUCGAGAAAAGCAAACAAAUAUACAAAAACACAGCAUCUAAUUUGGAACCCUUAAGUUCUGAAAGUCUACUUAAAUUGGAAGACUAUACGGUAUUCUGGAAGAAUUUAGACCAACUAACAUUAACAAAGACUGAAGCAUUAAGAGACAUUAAUUUAGACAUAAAGCCCGAGACGCUUACAGUGAUAGUAGGAACAGUGGGUUCAGGCAAGUCUACUCUGAUACAUGCAAUGUUAAAAGAGUUCAUACCAAGCUCAGGAUGUCUGACGGCUAGAGGCAGCUUGGCUUAUGCGGCACAAGAACCCUGGCUUUUUGAUGCCUCGGUCCGACAAAACAUUCUCUUUGGUCAAGACUUCGAUUUAAGACGAUAUAAACAAGUAUUAAAGUGUUGCCAAUUGCUAUCAGACUUGAAAAUAUUGCCACACGGAGAUAAAUCUUUAAUAGGCGAAAGGGGAACAUCUCUAUCUGGUGGCCAACGAGCGCGUAUAUCGUUAGCUCGAUGUGUCUAUAAAUACGCUGAUGUUUAUCUCUUAGACGACCCGUUAGCAGCAGUCGAUGCUAAGGUUGCCCAAGCGAUUUAUAAAGAAUGUAUUCGCGGUUUCCUUCGAGAUAAAGCCGUGGUUUUAGUGACACAUCACGUUCAGUAUGCGAGACAGGCGAACAAUGUUUGCAUCAUGAGAGGGGGUAAUCUAGUCGCUCAAGGGGUAUAUGAAGAUCUGGUUGAUAUACCCGAAAUAGAGCAACUGAUAGAGAUAAGGGAAAAAAUCGAUAAAGAACAGCAGAAAGACGAGAUGCCAGUCCUUAAGGGUCAGGAAAACGGGAAAAUUGUACAAUUGGAUAGAUCAAAAUCACAUUCCUCUAUUAACUUGGAUGAUACUUGUGAUCCGAAGUAUGAAGCUGAAACACAAACCAGAGGAGGAGUAUCAAGUAGUGUGUACAUGUCUUAUAUCAAGAGCGGCAGUAGUAAAUUCACUCUCAUACUCUUACUCUUUCUGUUGGUUGUGGCUCAAGUUUUCUACUCUUCUUCUGAUUUCUGGUUAAAAGAAUGGGUUAACAUAGAAGAAUCAAACAGUGUAAAAAAUAUUUCACAGUCUAAUACAAGUAUGGACAACUUGCCAGUGAUCUAUGAAGAUCUUCCCUCAAACCGAUUCCACUUGACGCGUGCGCAGUGCGUCUACAUAUACGCGUCUCUGAUUGGAAUUUGUAUGUUCUUCACAUGGAAUAAAUUUGUCGUCUUCUACAACGCCUGCAUACGAGCAUCCAUUAAGCUUCAUGAUACUAUGUUCAGGGGUGUCACAAACGCGCCAAUGUGGUUCUUCCAUCACAAUCCAUCUGGUCGGAUCCUGAACAGAUUCUCGAAAGAUAUGGGGCAAGUUGAUACCUUGCUGCCCCUCAAUUUAAUCGAGUGUGUUGGGUUUUUCUUCGAACUGACAGCCAUCCUCGUGGUCGUCUGUUUGGUGAACUGGUGGUUGCUGUUGCCGACCUCUGCUGUUGCUUUUUUGAUGUUUCUGAUGAGAGCUAUGUUCCUUGGGACGAGUAGGGAACUAAAAAGAAUUGAUGCUAUAGCAUACAGCCAAAAUCUGAAUCACGCAACAGCUACAGUAGCAGGUCUCGUUACAAUACGCUCGACGGGAGAUAAACAACGAACUCUUGCGCAGGAGUUCGACAGGCUACAGGACCUGCACACUUCCACCUGGACGUUGGUUCUGGCCACUAAUAGAGCGUUCGGCUUCUGGAUGGAUAUGCUUUGCAGCGUGUAUUUGGCUACUGUUACUUUCAGCUUUUUUAUAUUUAGAGAAGGAACCAUGGGCGGCAAUGUCGGUCUUGCUAUAACACAAGUAAUAGGUCUUGUCGGUAUGUGUCAAUUUGGAAUGAGGCAGACAGCUAAGGUUGAAAACCAGAUGACUUCUGUUGAAAGGAUUUUGGAAUAUACAAAUCUUCCACAAGAAGCACCAGUAGACCCCGAUCAAGAAAAUCUCAAAGUUAAAUGCCCCAAUGUCGACUUUGAAGAGUGGCCAAGUCAGGGUGAAAUAGUAUUCGAAGACGUAUCCCUCGAGUAUGAGAAGCCGCCGAUGACGGAACCAGUGACGGAUCCAGCACCGAAGGUAGACGACACGGCAUACGCCAUCCGCGGUGUCAACUUCUCCAUUCGCCCUGGGGAAAAGGUGGCCGUGGUGGGGAGGACGGGGGCUGGGAAGAGUUCGCUUAUUGCGGCUCUAUUUAGGUUGAACAAAAUAACGGGCAAAGUGGCAGUGGAUGGCGUCACGUCGGAAUUGGCUGGACUCCGCGCGUGGAGGUCUCGCCUUUGCGCGUUGCCUCAGCGGCCCGCCCUGUUCGCAGCCACGCUUCGGGACAACUUGGACCCCGAACAGAAGUACUCCGACGCUCAGAUAAACGCCGCCUUGCAUGAGGUGGAGCUCCAAUCACUGGUAUCGGCUCUUCCGGGUGGUCUUUCGUCUCGCGUUGGGGAUGGUGGAGGAAAUCUGUCCAGUGGACAGAGGCAGCUGGUGUGCUUAGCGCGUGCGGCGUUGGCGAGACGAGCUGUUCUAGUGCUGGAUGAGGCGACCGCUAACGUCGAUACUGAAACGGACAGGCAAAUCCAGAGCACGAUUCGCAGUAAGUUCGCCAGCUCCACGGUCCUCACCAUCGCACAUCGACUCAACACAGUCAUGGACUAUGACCGGGUCAUCGUCAUGGACAAAGGUCGUGUGGUGGAAUCGGGACAUCCCUUCGAACUACUUAAUCGAAUCAAUGUCCACUCAAAGUCAGAAGAUGUGGAAAUCCUUGAACACAGAAAUAGGACUUAUUACAAUCGAUCAAAUUCAAUUGAACGAGAGGAAGGUAUAUUCAAAGUCCUAGUGGAGCAAACUGGCAAGGAAACAGCAAUCAAGUUGUACAAGAUAGCAGAAGAGAGUUACCAGAGAAGACGAAAAAACAAAUGA